CGCAGGGCGGGUACAAGGCCAGGGGAGGAGGCUGCUGUUGCCCCAGCAACAACCAGAGGAGAGAACGUAGGCAAACGCGGCCUCUGAGAGAUCGUGGCGCCUCGGAUCUCUCGCUGCCGGGAAGAUCCGGGGAGAAGCGCGAGCCAGGCCUUGGAAGUCGGCGCCGGCGGAGAGAGGGACAGGGUCAUGGCUGAGGUGCACGUGAUUGGGCAGAUCGUAGGGGCCACCGGUUUCUCAGAAAGUAGCCUCUUCUGCAAGUGGGGCGUCCACACAGGGGCAGCGUGGAAGCUCCUGUCAGGUGUUCGGGAAGGCCAGACACAGGUGGACACCCCCCAAAUAGGGGACAUGGCCUACUGGUCUCACCCCAUUGAUCUGCAUUUCGCCACCAAAGGCCUCCAAGGCUGGCCCCGGCUCCAUCUCCAAGUGUGGUCCCAGGAUAGCUUCGGCCGCUGCCAGCUUGCUGGCUACGGCUUUUGCCAUGUGCCCAGCAGUCCAGGCACCCACAAGCUGGACUGCCCCACAUGGCGGCCCCUGGGCAGCUGGCGGGAGCAGCUGGCACGGGCCUUUGUGGGUGGCGGGCCCCAGCUGCUGCAUGGGGAUGCCAUCUACAGUGGGGCCGACCGCUACCGCCUGCACACAGCUGCUGGUGGAACCGUGCACCUCGACCUGGGCCUGCUGCUGCGCCACUUUGACCGCUAUGGUGUGGAAUGCUGAAGGACUCUGCCUCCGCAGCUCCCAUCCACAUCCGCGGACACCCAUGAGGGGCAGAACUAUACAGUGGUCAGAAGCGUGGGCUCUGGAGACUGCCAGACCUGACCCCAGUCAAGGCAUGCCCAGCUUCUGGCCUGGCUAGCACCUCGUCUCCCAGCUGUCCCUCUGAAGUCCAGUUUCCCCAUCUGUGAAAUGGGGGUAGCAAGUGUGUGGGGCCCCAGGGAUUUGGGAAAGAGGCUGCCUCCUAUAUCGAAUGCUAAAUAAAAGAGCUGUUCUGACA